UUAAAUUACAAACAACCCGCAGAUAUGGUCGCUCAACCAGGAGCUAUCAAUAGUUCAUUAGUCCCUAUAAUUGAAAAUCAGGAAACUGUAACUACACCACCCAGACACCACAGCAGCAUUAAUAUUCAGGAAACUUCUCCGAAACCCAGUACAAGUGCUCAAACAAUUUCUUCUAUUAUUCCCGCUGUAUUUUCACCGGAAACAAUACGACCAUUUCCGAAAGCUGCUCCAAGGAAAAAUAAUAAUAAAGGGCGCAAAAUCAGGAAGUCUACUAUUUACACUGAUACUCCAGAGAAAGAAGAGAUAAGAAAAGAGCAUGAAAUAAGAUUGAAACGAACAAGAGCUAAACAAGUGAAGAAGCAAUUGGAUGGAGGAAGAAAGAAGCAAUUGAAUAGAGGAAAAAAGAAGCAACUUGAUGGAGGAAAAAAUAAAAGAAACACCAUAAAAGGUAAACAGAAAAAUAUACAAGAGGAGGUAUCAUCAGAAGAUGAGGAGUACUUCUGUCUUGUCUGUAUGUCUUCAUAUUCAAAGAGCAGACCCGGAGAACAGUGGAUCCAAUGCAUCAGUUGUAAACUGUGGGCUCACGAAGAAUGCACAGAAAGUGGUCUUAGCUAUAUUUGUCAGAAUUGCGACUCUGAUUGAUCUUUAAAUUUGGCUUAUCCUAAUUGGACUAAUGAAAGCCAAAAAUUGUUUUCUUUCAAACUUUUUUUUAAAUAUUAUUGUUUAGUUUGCUAUGUUUAAAAAACAAACAGUUGAUUUUGGUUUAAUUUACGUAAAUUUUAUAUCAAUGUUAAGUAAUUUGUAGUGACUUAGUUUUUUGAUGGUUGAUAAUAUACCUAUAUUUUAAAUAGUGUGCUUUAAAACAUUAAAGGCUGAUUAAAAAUAUCGUUUCAAGUAUAUAAAUAUUGAAGACUGAUUACUAAUGUCAAAGAGUUACUUAAUUAUACUU